ACUAUGUGGGAGAAGUUGAAAAAAAGACACGAAACACCAUUUAUUAUCGUUUACCAACUUUACGACAUAAAAAACAAUGUGCUCAUAAUGUAGCCCAUGAAUGUGCUCAUGCUUCUCCUGCUU